UGCAGCACUGGGUCACCACGCCUCCGGACAUCCCCGGCAGCAGAAACCUGCACUAUGGGGACAGCACGCCACAGUCUGAAGCGGCUCCUGCAGCCCCCGGGGCCGGAGACGAGUUUCAGUCGGCUGCUUCUCCACCGUCCGGUAUGUCAGGAGUGAAAGACUGGACUCUCCCCUUGCAUUGUGUGCGAUAAAUAAAUACCACAGAUCCCGCCUUAGAUCAGGCUCAUUUGCAUAUUCAUUGAGGUGUCGUGCUCAUUUACAUAUCAAAAAGUGAAGAUUUAAUGAAGACAGAAUACAGUAGAGUUGAACCAGAAACUAAUAGAUUAUAACUUAUAAUUUCUUAUAGAAGGAAGAAGUCUUUGGUCAUGGCACCACAAACUAUUUAUGUAUAUAUUUAUAAAAUACCAUAAUUUCUAUCAAGAACGCAAACAAAAGGAGGCCAAAUGAAGCAGUGGGUAUUAGAGAUAUAGAUAUGAAUGAAAAUGGUUUUGUGAAGAAGAAUAACUCAUUCAUUCAUUCAUUUAUCUUCAGUAAGUGCUUUAUUCUGGUCGGGGUUGAUCCGGAGCUUAUUCCAGGAACGCUGUUCACAUGUUCGUUCACAAUUUAGAACAACGAUCCACCGAUACUGCUGUGCCACCCAUAACUCACUUUUAUUUCUUCUAAUUAUAGUGAAAAAGAGAGUUUAAAACAAAGAAGAAAGUCGUGUGCUGGUGGGUCAAAUAAUGGUGACGAGUGAUUGGUCAUUGGAUACAGUGGUAAUCAGUGAUUGGCCGAAGGGAUCAGUGAUUGGUCAUCGGAAACACCGGUGGUCAGUGAUUGGUCAUUGGGAAUAAUGAUGAUGUGAUUAGUAAUCGGGAACAAUGGUGAUCAGUGAUGGGUGGAUGGGAUCAGUGAUGGGUCAGUGGGAACAGUGGUGAUGAGUGAUUGGUGACUGGGAAUAAUGGUGAUCAGUGAUUGGUCAUUGAGAACAGUGGUGAUCGGUGAUUGGUUGAUGGGAUCAGUGGAGAUCAGUGAUUGCUCAUUGGGAGCACUGGCGAUCAGUGAUUGCUCUUUGGGAGCACUGGCGAUCAGUGGUUGCUCUUUGGGAGCACUGGCGAUCAGUGGUUGCUCAUUGGGAGCACUGGUGAUCAGUGAUUGGUCAUUGAGAACAGUGGUGAUCAGUGAUUGGUUGAUGGGAUCAGUGGAGAUCAGUGAUUGGCUGAUGGGAGCAUCAAUAGAAUGGUCGCAAGGAACAUCGGCUUGCACAAACACAGCUCAGUCAGGCUUUAAACAGUGUUGGUGCAAAGUGUGUGUGUAUGGUGUGCCUGAAAGAACAUCUGUAAACCACGAAAAUGGGUUCUUCAAAGAUUCUUUAUGGGUUCAUUGGACAAUAAAAGGGUCUUUAGGGUUUUAAUUAAGAGUUUCUACACACCUCAUGGCCAGUGUACCUGGGAUAGGCUCCAGUUCCAAAACGCUCAAAAUAGAUCAAUAUAAAAGUACAUAUUAAGCUAAUAAUUACAUUCACGAAACACAAGAUGUGCUGUGAUUAUUAGUCAGCCUGAGAAAUUUUAUUACACCGAAAGGAGUUCCUCCUUCUAAAAACAUGCACUCUUACCUAAAUACAUCAUAAGAUAAAAUCUAGAAAUUUGAUAACCGCAUAUAAAUAAUGAAUAAUGAAUGACCUUUCUGGACUUUUCUUAUGCCCUUUUGGCAUUUAAUAAAAUAUAUUCAAGCUUUAAAUGGGAUGUUUACCAAGGCUUGACUCAUCCAAAUGAAUAUCUGAGUCCAGCUGUGUGUUGGACAGUGUAAACAGUAGUUGGACAGAAUAUCUUGAGGAAUAUCGCGAGGAGACGUUCGUCACUUCGUUUUGCUUUUAAUCAAACAUCUGCACAGCUGUUCCACAGAAACAUUCCUCAUUCUUCAAAAGUGAUGGGGGGAGUAUUCAAAUUCACUUCAAAUUUAUGUUGUAUUCAUAAGCAUAAAUAAAAGAUAUGUUUAAAAAAAAAAAAAAAAAAAGGAAUCUGAUACAGGGGGGAAAAAAGUAUGCAGACACCAAAAAUGCAAUUGUUUGCUAUUAUUGCUUCAGGAUGUCUAUGGUAGAAAGUAAUUAGCUUUUUGCAGCAUUGUGGAUGAGUUUUGGCCCAUUCCUCUUGUCAAACAGUCUUCAACUCCUCAAGGUUGCCAGGAUCCUUCUGAUAGACUGGCAAGUUCAAAAAGUCAGGCUAGACCAUGCAAGCACCUCUAUCUUCUUUUGUAGAGACCAGCAUUGAAUUAAUUAUGGCUGUACAGUAUGUUUGGGGUCAUUGUCUUGUCGAAACAUCCAUCUUCUUCCCCUAUUCACUUGCUUGGUCUAUGAGGUUCUAUUCUCCUCUAAUAUGCUACCGUACAUCGCUCCGUUCAUCUUUCCUUCGAUGAUGUCCCUGUAUGUACCGUUUGCAGAGAAGCAACCCCAUACGAUGAAGCUCAGACCUCCGUAUUUCACUGUAGCUACGGUGUUCUCGGGAUCAUACGCGCAACCCUUCUUUCUCCAUGAUGAGAUGGAGAAUUAUUACCAAAAGAGUCUUAUUUUUGUUCCAGGGCUCGUUUGGAGCGUGCGUCUCUGUCUCCGUGCCUCGUUCGUAGCCGAGGAGUUUAGCGCGAGGUGUAGAAACGGAGAUGAUUGCAGCGCAGUUCAUUGUUCUCUGUGUAACUGUUGUUCCUGCUGCUUUCAGGUGGUCCUGCAACUCCUUUCAAGUGACUGCGGGCUUCUGUCCAAUCCUGAUCAUUAGUCUGCGAGCAUGCUGUGAAACCUUGCGUGACGCACCUGCCUGAAGAACGAGUAGUUAUGGUUCCAUGAACUUUUCACGUGCAUGUUAUGGAAAUAGCAGUACUGACAGAUCAGUUGAACAGAUUUGCUGGGUUUGGGAUUGGUCUUGCAAGCCUCUUUACAGAAAAUGUUCUAGCCCACCCGUGCAUUGUGUUUCGGCGGCAAUGCCAGGUGAAUUACCACGCCAGAUGUUACCACCUGUCACCUUUAACAGCUCUUAAUGUGAUGUACAAUGUCUCCAAAACUCAGGGUCCAAAGGCUUUAUGGAAAGGGAUGGGAAGCACUUUCGUGGUCCAGGGAGUGACACUCGGGACAGAGGGCAUCAUCAGCGAGUGCACCCCUUUGCCAAGGGAGCUGCCACACAGAUGGAAUCCCAAACAAAUCGCAGGGCACUUUAUUCUGAAAGGUUUAACACAUGUGGUCGCAUUGCCGUUUUACUCAGCAAGCCUCAUUGAAACUGUCCAGAGUGAGAUCAUUCGGGACAACCCGGGCAUCCUGGACUGUGUGAAGGAGGGCGUGGGGCGUGUCUUGGGUCUGGGCGUGCCCCACAGUAAACGCCUCCUUCCCCUGUUGACGCUGGUUUUCCCUACCGUCCUGCACGGCGUCCUGCAUUACAUCAUAAGCUCCAGUGUGCAGAAGCUAGUGCUGUACGUGCUCCGUCGCCGCGGCAGCACCGGCACGUCACCCAAACGCACCGAAUUCGGCAAGGAGACGGUCCAGAACAUGCUAGACGCCUAUUUCCCAGAGCUGAUCGCUAGCUUCGUGGCCAACCUGUGUGCCGACGUGCUACUGUUUCCUCUGGAGACGGUGCUGCACCGGCUGCAUAUUCAGGGAACUCGCACCAUCAUCGAUAACACUGACCAGGGCCUCGAGGUGCUUCCUAUUAACUCUCAGUACGAGGGGAUGAGGGACUGCAUAAACGCGAUACGACGCGAGGAGGGUCCGCUGGGCUUCUACAAGGGCUUCGGGACCAUCGUGAUCCAGUACUCGCUACACGCAACAGUGCUGCAGAUCACCAAGAUGAUUUACUCAACUCUGCUGCAAAAUGCCUGAGGGGGGUGUGUGGGGGGGGUUACAUUGUAAAAUACGCCAUGCACGGGUCCUUUCUUCUCACUUCAUUUCAUCAGACUGCGUUAUUAUUUCAGGAAGCGCUUGCAUGACACAUCAUUUUGGCUGCUUUCACAUUGUGCUUUUUUUUCUCUCCAAAGAAAAAGUGCUGACCACGCCCCUUUGUGUUCUGAUUGGAUAGACCGAUCUGCUAGCUUAUCUGUAUAGACUGUGUUAACGGUAAAACGUGACGUGACAUUGUACGUAAACCUCCUCUCAUUCUCUCUGUAACCCUACUCUACGUUCACACGAGCAGUGACGAAGCGCCACACGACAUACGUGCUGCGAUUUCAUCGACAGCCGCAAGCGACAGACUGACAUUUAAACUGAGAUGUUCUCACUUCUAUGCAAGUGACAUACGACGCAGUAAAGUGAUUCCUCAGACCCUGUCCUAUGGCGCGCAUGGAUUUUUUUCCCCACGACUAUAGUUCCUACGUGCAGUUAGUUUCACGUUUAAUCUUUCCUCGCGUCAAACGUGUAUAGGGACAUUACAAAGAAAAAUAAAGCUCAGUAGAGAGCGUUCUAGCUUCUGGCGAGUAUAGAUAAGCAAAUAACGUGAGGCCGUUUUUUCUAAUCUGUCAGCGAAUAUAGUAUGAACGUCUAACACAUAACGUGAAUCGAUCCAUCAGUUUUAACACAGAUUAUAGUGCUUUAUUUAUGUGUUUAAAUAAUUCCAUUUACAAGCUACGUAGCUACUAAUAAUCUCAUCAGGACUAAACAAAAGCGACAACAGGGACACACCCACAAGAGAAACUACAAGUGAAACUUGUCUCUCUAGUGUGAACAUGACAUAAGAACAUUACAAGCACUCUGUCCUACAUGUCUGUUCGCCCCACAAGCUGCAUCCGAAUUGGUUUGGGCGGGGUUUUUUUUCUUUUCUUUUCUUUUUUUCUUUUCCACAACCACUGUGAUGGAGGAAAAAUAAAUCUUAGCAGAAGCAGUGCUUUAUAAUCCGUUUAUUCUGCUCACGUCAGUAUGACCCUGGAGCACAAUUAGAUGACUAAAUGAACCACUUUUCCACCAUGAAACAUGACGUGCAUGAUGUGAUUUUAUUUAUAGAAGAUAGUAGUAAAAAAUCAUUUCAGUCUGGUACGCAGUUUCCAGGAUGUUUUUGACAUAAGUACUACAACAGAGAUUAGAGAUUACGUUCAGCUCAUUUUGCCCUGAGGGAAAAGGGAAAAAUGAGUGAACCGAGUUGUCUAAGGGAGAGCCCCAAACGUGAUUGCCUGUUUCCAAAAAUACCAUGGUUUCCAUCAGACCAUUAACGCAUAAAACUUAAAAAUAAAAAAUCUGAUUCUGUCGUCGCUCUGAACCAAAACCGGAACUCCAAGCUAGAACUUUUUUAAAAAAGCUACGAUGAAAUAAAUAUGAAUAAUCCUUUUUUCAAAGAGUGUAGCAAGUGUUGAAUCGCGUAUGAAAGACGCGCUGAGAGUCGAGAGAAGGAAAACAAAAAGCGUCUAGUGCGAAAGCAGCCUUUAGAUUGAGGAUUUGCUGUUCAAUAAACGGCUAAACGUCAUUUGUUCUACUCGAUCAGCACAGCUAUGUGUGUGUAGCUUUCUACUCUUCACGGUCCUCUCUUACUGAUGUAAUCUUGACUCGUGUUGAACACAAUUCCUCUCACUCUGCUUACAGUACAGCGUUUUCUCUACAAACUCAGAUCCUGGAUUUCCACAGCCUUGCAUAGAUGUGCUUUAUCGUUUUCUAACACACACACACACACACACACGUUUCACAGGGGUGUUAAACAAAGUCAACUGCUAAACACUUCAGGACCGGUGUCUAGAGAUUAAUAGUACAUGAACGAUAUACAAAUUGUAAAGUGUUCUUGAGUCAUUUGCACCCUGGUGAAUAUUUGUAAUGAUGUGUGAAUUAGUGAAAACGUUUCCAUCUGCUUUCUGCCACCUCACUGCGAGGGGUACAGUAUAACUCGCCACAUCGCAACAGCACUGAUUAUAGUGAUCGUGUCAAAUUUUGACAGCAGCACUUUGUUUGGAAGCAAAUGAAAUGUUUUAGCUGCACUAGAAUAAAAAAUAUAUAUGUAAAGUAACGGCUACUGUGAUUGCGAAUAAAACGUAUGCAGUUGU